AUGGAUCCCUUCGCAAAAUUCCCAACCGAAAUUAUUUGUCAAAUUCUCGAAUCUUGCUGCGACUUCACCAGCUUGGACGGUCUUCAACAAAUAUCUCCCCGAGUGAAGGAAGCUUUUAACGGCUCGUUUAAAAACACCACCGAACACGUCCUGAGGAACUGCUCCCUCACCUCGCACGGGCUUCAUUACUAUUUCACGCUCCUAGCCUCCAUUCUAUCGACAUCAUUCACUCCACAAGCCCUGCUAGAAGAGCUCGCUGGCUCACCAGGGGAUGUUAUGCGACCUAUUUCCCUUUCCACCACCCACUCACUAGCUGCGGUGCAUCAGACUGUAAAUACAGCAGCGAAAAUGCAUCUCACUGCCUGCGCUUGUCUUCAGCGUUUCAUCAAUCGGCUCGAGUCCGCAGAGCCCCGCCGUCCCAUGGCUUCCGAUGCCAAUGUUGUGGAUUGGGUGAAUAGAAGACUUCCACCACCCAAAGGUGGCGAGAUAAUCCAAUUCGAUGUUGAUCCACCAUCAUGGAUCGAGUCUUAUCGGACGCAUCGAGGCCUCUGGAAACUUGAGCUCUUCCACCAGAUCCAUAAUGCUGCAACAAACCACUGGCUAUGGUCUACGCAUGAUCUGGACUGCUUCAUUGAACAAUAUAUGGAAUGGAACAUGCUGGCCUCUGCCAAAUAUUCAAGAUACACAAGUUGA